CUUUUCUUGCCUCUUUCUAAAAAAUCCGUUUAUUGAAUAUGAUUUUGUGUAAUUUAAAUUCAAUACUUAAAAGCGUGAAACAAUUUUUGCGUUUCCAUAUCAAUCUAAUCGUUUAACACCUACAUUCAAAAACCCAUUCAAUUAACGCAUUCCACAAAAAAAAAAAAUGAAGACAUUCAAGCGCAUGAGGCUCCGGAAAAACCUCCUUGGAGUAACGAAACUUUUGAUUUUUCGCAAACGUUCCGCCGAUCAGAGCGCGCUUUGAUGUCAACAGGGACGCGUCGUUCCUGAAAUUUCUAAAGAUUCUCGCGGCGCGACUACGACUACGAUAAUGAAUUUAAUUAGCGAGUUUGUUUAAACAACAUUAGAGAAAAGACGAUACAGUUUUUGAUUUAAUUUAGUUUAUCAGUGUCAUAAAAAAUUGUGGUUUUGGACGAGUUUUGGUACGAGUUUGUUUCAACUUUUGACGGUCAUGCUCUACAGAAUGUUCCUCGCGACACUCUUUUUAUCCAUGAUGGAAACAACCACAGCUCAGAGUCUACUAAUCGAACGAUACAAUUCUAUAGCAGUUUCUCCAGCCACUUACAACUGCUCAGUUUACUCGCAUGAAGAGGACUUUGAGGUUCACUGUAGAGGAGACGGCCUAGCUGAAAUUCCGAAUUAUUUGAACAGUACGCUGAAUAAAUUAAUUAUAUCGAACACCAAGAAUAUUUCUGUUAUUGGUAUGAAGUCAUUCGAACCUUAUAGGACGAGACUCCAAGAUGUAAUUUUAUCGGAUUUGCCAAAUUUGAGGGUUAUUGAAGAAGGAACUUUUGCUGACAUUUCCACAUUGAGGACGAUAUAUAUCUACAAUGCCCCACAAAUUAAGUUCAUUUACGGCCUUUUAAAAGGAGUAACAUCAAAACAAUUUAGAUCCUUACGUAUAGUGAACACCGGGCUGCACGAAGUUCCUGAGCUAUUUUUCCUGCCUCCCGAGAACACUUUGUUUUUAUUAGAUUUGGACCACAACAAAAUCGCUAAACUUCACAGCAACUCCAUCAAGGUAUCAGCGCAACAAGUCACGUUAAAUUUCAAUGACAUAACUGCCAUAGAGGAUUACGCCUUCAAUGGAUCUCAAAUUGGAAAACUACAUAUCACGGCUAAUCCAAAGCUAACAGAGUUGGGGGAGUUGGCUUUCAAGGGUCUGCUGAACUUGAGAGAAUUGGAUUUGUCGCAGACAUCAAUAACAACGCUUCCGUAUGAAGGUCUGGAAACGAUAGAAGUGCUUAAAAUUCGGGAUACAGCUACGCUCCAUACUAUUCCCAGUCUUUAUGAUUUACAGAGUCUAAAAAUGGCAAAACUAACCCACCAUUUCCAUUGCUGCGCUUUUAAAUACCCAAAACAACAUGCACCGACAAAACACGCCCUCUACGAAGACCAAAUGCGUCAAAUUUGCGUCCAAAAUCAAAAAUCAGUGCAAACGAAUGAUUUCAAGAAGAGAAAAAGGUCUUUGGGAUAUACUGAUUACAUGUCACAAAUUCCACCUCAGCUACAUCGACUGACUAAUUUGACAUUCAACGUGCCAGAUACCAACCAAACGACUAAAAGACCUUUAAAAGGGCAUUUUAUCGAAAACCAAAAACCUAGAGAAUAUGAGGAUAUUUACGAGGACAUGGGAACUUUUCAUUCUAGCCCUACUAAAAUCAAUGAUACUCCUAUUGAGGUGUUUUGUGGGAAUAUCAGCUUCAAAUUACAAAAUGUCCAAUGUGUUCCCGCUCCAAACGCCCUGAACCCGUGCGAAGACAUUAUGGGUUUUACAUGGUUGAGGAAUUCUGUAUGGUUCGUGGUAAUAUUGGCUGUAGUUGGCAACACCGCCGUGGUCAUUGUUAUAUGGUUUAGCAAAACAGAGGUAAAUGUAUCCCGAUUUUUAAUCUGCAACCUUGCCUUUGCUGACCUCUGUAUGGGACUCUAUCUGUUACUUAUAGCCUCCAUGGAUUACCACUCUGUUGGGACUUAUUUUAAUUCUGCCUUUGCCUGGCAAUAUGGUAUCGGCUGUCAAAUAGCGGGAUUCCUGACAGUUUUUUCCGGUCAUUUGUCGAUUUUCACCCUAACAGUGGUGACUAUAGAAAGGUGGUUCGCCAUAAAAUACGCCAUAGAUCUCACUAAACGAAUAAGACUGCGAACUGCUGUUGAAAUUAUGAUUGGCGGAUGGAUUUAUUCGAUUUUGAUGGCCGCUUUGCCACUUAUUGGUAUCAGUAACUAUAGAAGUACAAGUAUAUGCCUGCCAAUGGAAGUAAAAUCUAUAUUCGACAAAGCCUAUCUCUACAGCAUAUUUAUAAUCAAUGGCUUUUCUUUGGGACUGAUAGUAUUUUGCUACGCUCAAAUCUACUUUAGUUUGGGAUACGAAACAAGGAGGGCUAGUCACAAGGGCGAAAUGACUAUCGCCAAAAAAAUGGCCUUACUUAUAUUCGUUGAUUUUGCUACAUACACUCCAGUGGCGUUUUUCGGGCUGUGCGCCCUAGUAGGAUAUCCAUUAAUUAAUAUAACCAAAUCGAAAAUUUUGUUGGUAUUUUUCUAUCCCUUGAAUGCAUGCGCAAAUCCUUAUUUAUAUGCACUUAUGACUGCGCAGUAUCGAAGGGAUCUCUACAUGAUAGUGUCUAGAUGUGGUUUUUUUAAGAAAAGAGCUCAAAAAUACUCACUGAGAGACGACAUGCCUAUGGCCCAACCUACGCCCUUGUUACAGAAUUCAGAAAACAACCCUUCGCAAUGUUACAACAAUAAUUGCCGACUGAAGCAAAAUGGUAGCAGUGGUGGAAAUACGUCAAAUGUGUAGUUUUUAAAAUGAGAAUUCUUCCUCAAGUAUGACAUUCCAAUUUACUCACCAAAAGACAUUUUAUCUUUAAUGAAUGUUUUGUGCUAUAUUAUUGUAAAUACAUAAUAUUUAUAAAAAUAAGUUUUAAGAUUAAAUUAUUGUAAGUUUACAAUAAGUUUUUGCCACAUAUGACAUAGAUGUGUACAUAUUAUAAUAUGGAAAAAUAAUCUCAAUUUUUUGAGACAAGUAUUAUUUUUUAAGUAUUAUAGAGUCGCUUUUUAUUAUUUUUUUUAAAUGAAUUAUAUUUUUGAAGACG